CGUCUCUGUGCCUGUGAGGCUCAUUCUGAAGCAUGCAGGACACUCCAAUCUGCAGCAGGGAUGGGGCCUGAUUUGCUUGCCUUGGCUAAUGAGCUUAGCCCUUGCUGAGCAGCUUUGAGCCCUGCAGGACAGGUUGUUGUAAUGGGCACUGGUUAGCGGGUUGUUAAAGGAACCAGAGCGGAGGAGUGGAUCUCAGAAGGGGCAGAGCUGCAGCCACAGCUUCACCACUCCUCUGUUUGCCUACCAGGACCUCUACUUGUACCAGCACUGCGGCUGGGACGUCUCUCUCUCUACUCUCUCCCCUCCCUCUCUCCUCUGCCUCUCUCUGACGCUACCUGACUCCCCUCUCUCUCCGUCUCCGUCCGUCCCGGAGCACUGACAAACUGCUUUUGUAGCUGCAUCACCUCUCAGGCAGCUGCCCCUCUUUCUACCCUGUCUUUCCAUCUCUUUCAGUUCUUUUCUGUCUCCCCCCUCUCCCUUCGACUUUGUUGCCAAAAUGUAUCGGAACCCUUGGAUCUCGAAUUACCUGACUCAUGUCAAGUUUUGCAGCCAAGGCCUCGGGAGUGAGACCCCCAUUAAACUAAGCAACCCCAGACUGCUACAGAAGAGAGCUUUGAGCUUCCAGAAAGAAUUCUCCUUCGACGAAAAAGACGACCCAGCAAAAAGCACCAAGGAUAUAGAUGUUAGUCUCUUGGCCAAUCUCCCCAAAGUCUCUGAAUUGAGGAAACGAUUUGAAGGCAUUACAACAAGCUCAAGUGACUGGGAAAUGAACAGAAAGGAACGCAUCGCCCGGCGGCUGGAGGGCAUCGAAGGUGAGGUGCAUCCGUCUCUGCUGCCUAGCUUGGUGGCCAACCGGCUUCUUGAGGAGGACACACCACGAUACACCAGGGCCUCUGACCCCUGCGAGCCCUGUGGUGUGACACUCCAGCGGUAUGGCACGGAGGGAUUCGAAAGCCCAGAGAUGCAGCUCACGGCUCCAGAACGGCAGUCCAGAGCCCGAUGCAGACCUGACCCUCAGUCCUCCAUCCACACAGAGCCCGUCUACACUUCAGGCUCCGCCCCGAGUGCCCCAGAGCUGGAGUCCAAGGCUGAACGCAUCGCCCGCUACAAGGCGGAGCGGCGCAGGCAGCUGGCUGAGCGCUAUGGCAUCUCUUUAGAUCAGGAGCCGGAGGUGGACCAACCACCCCGCUACACUCGCACCCGGAAGGAGUCAGAAGGCUCAGAGAGGCGUCACAGAGGAGAGUCGGUAGGGGAGGACGGGAGGGAUAUCACCCUGAGCCCAAGGGCAGCACGCACAGCGCCUCACCACGGCCACCCCGACUCAGGUUACGAGACGGGUCGAAGCAGGGCGGACUCGUUCUCAGAGAAGGAGAGGCUGAUGAACCUGGAGAAUCAACGCAGAGCUGCUCCUCCUGAGCCUCCGUCCUCGUCCUCAUACAUGGAUGUGACAUCAUUGUCCUCAGCUGCCAGGGUGCCCUCCAAGGACUACGCAGUCACAGGGAUGCCGCCCAGUUCCCCCAAGCUGAACAGGCAACCUUCCCUCUCCUCACCUAAGCAUGGGGUGUCUCCUGGGGACUUAUUCAUCGAGCAGCAGGCCCACAACAUCCUCAGCCGACAGGGAAUCAGAGUUAGAGAGAGGCUUGCCAGGGAGGAGGGUCGCCAGAGGAGCCCAGAGCUGGGAAAUGUUACAGAAGCCCCGGUGUACCGCAGACAGUUUCAACACCAGGCUCAAACCUCUACACGCCACCACACAGACCCACCAGGCCCCCACCAGGUUUACUCCCAUCCCCACCAUCACCCCCAGGCUCAGCUCACCCGAGGUGGACCACAGGGAGGACAAGAAGUUAGCGGUUACCCCAGCUACCUGUCCAUGGCCACUGGUCCCACAUCCAGAGCUGGGCAGCAGCAGCAGGAGGAAGAGACAGACGAGUCAGAGGAUGUGAAAACAGAGGGUCUUCUGAGGAGCAGGAAAGCAGUGCUGCCUUCUGAGAUCCGCCGCAGGGAGAGGAGCACUGAGGACCCACGCAGAGGAAGAGGAGAAGAGGAUCUAGGGAUGUCCAGGGCGCUGAGUCUCAGCCAGGCAAGGGAAGCUGAGGCAGAGGAUCCUGCAAGAGGAGGACACCGAGGCAGAGCCAGGCGGGACGACACAGAGCACACCUCCCGUCUGCAAGCAUCAGAGAGCAGGCACAGAGAGCGGGACAAUGCUAUCUAUAUCCAAAAAGGGAUGGCUGCCACCCACGUCCAGCCCAGAGCGCCACAUGCAGGCCAAGGAAGCUCCACCUCUAACACAGCCCUGAGCCGCUUGGUGUCAGACGCUGGGGCAGGUCAAAGGAACCUGCAGCACCACACCCACGACCCCAGAGAGGUCAGGGAGGGCGACGGGUUUGGUAACAGAGAGAGUCACCAGGACAGCCGGGUGUCUGUGGCCCAGCUCAGACACUCCUACAUGGAGAGCACCACCACUCCUCCGACCAGCCGCAGGAACGAGCUUGAGCUUGAAGGGGACGGGGCGCUCGCAGGCUACGAGGCCCCAAGGAGAGGGGAGAGGGACAGGGGGCGCAGGCCCCGGCAGUAUAUCUAUCCCGGGGAGAGUAGAAAGACCUCAGAGAGGUUUAGGACGCAGCCCAUCACUUCUGCUGAGCGCCAGGAGACUGAUAGGUCCUGUGUGAGUUCAGAUCUUGCCUCUGCUGAAGCUGAUGAAGAGAAGCUCGAUGAACGGGCCAAGCUGAGCGUAGCAGCCAAGCGCUCUCUCUUCAGGGAACUGGAGAAAAGCAUUGAUGGCGGAGCUCCUAAACUUCGCUCCAGGAAUGCAGCGGUGGACAGGAGACUAAGACGGACACAAGACCGAUCCAGAACUCAGCCUGUCACCACCGAGGAGGUCGUCAUCGCUGCCACCGUCCCCUCUCACGUGCCACACACGGUGACUGUGCACACUGCUGGGGCACGCGUCCCUAGCCCCACCCUAGUUUGCAGCACUGUCCCGCCAUACAGCCUGCAGGCAUCCUCGCAGCAGAGCGCAGCCGCCCGGGAUCAGGCGCAGGAGACACGAAGGCAGCAGGAGGCCCAGCAGGUAAAGGAGGUCCGGCAGAUGCAGGAGACCCGGGAGGUCCAGAGCUCUAAGCCCGUGUCCACAGUGGAGGGAAAAGACCAGAGCCAGGGUCAGGGGGGUCAGGAUGAGCCUGACCUCUGCACCCUCAGCCUGGCAGAAAAGAUGGCUCUGUUCAACAGACUGGCUCAGCCCCCCAUCAGGGUCACCCGCACCAGAGGGGACACACGCCAGCGCAGGGCCAACGCUCGCUACCAGACACAACCCAUCACACUGGGAGAUAUGGCGCAGCUUCAAAACGGCACAGGCUCUCGCUACGGAGAUCCCCCAACUUCAUCAUCUCCCUCCGCUCUGAGAGAAGGCACCGUCUCCACUGACCACGCCGGAGACAUCCACAUAACCCGAGCUCCCAGCUCUGACAGGGCUCUGCCCCCUCGCCACCCAGAUGGCCCCGUCUGGAGGUCCCUGGGAGAAGACGUAGCAGAUCUGGGAGGAGGGAAGAGGAAGCUGCCCUCUCCUGAAGCAGCGGUCAGACAGGCCGCUCUGCCCCAGCCACAGACUGGGAGAGAGAGGAGGGAGGUGGAGGAGGAGGAGGAGGAGGGGCAGCAGUGGCAGACCAGGGGGUGGGGAGACAAAGCGGUGCAGAGCUCAGAGAGGCACAUGCUCCAGGAGAGGCAGGAGGACGGACACUGCCGGGACAGCCAGAGGAGCAGGGCCAUCAGUGGAGAGCUGCAGGAGUCUAAUGUGGUAACACCCAGAGCAGCGGCUGGUUCGGCGGACGCACACACAGACGGCCUGGUUCAGUUUGAGGACGACGAGGAGAUGAGCGACGCGAUGAUGGCCAGACACAUGUCCAUCAGAGAGAGAGUGGCCUUGUUGAAGAAGAGCGGCGAGGACGACUGGAGGAACAGGAUCAAUAAGAAGCAGGAUGUGGCAAAGGUUGCCGUCGGCGAGCAGCACGCUCAGCUCUGGGAGGUGGAGCAGAGCUUCAAGAAGAAGGACGAUGAAGCACUGAUGAUGAUCGAUGAGUUUGCAGUGUCCGACCAGCUCUGGGAGCCAGUCUUUGCCUCUACUUUCUCUCCCGAGCCUCCUCUCCUUUCUCCUUCCCCUGAUGAGUCAGCCAGCCAGACCACCAGAUCUCCCAGACCCAUGCAGGUGGAUGAGAGACACCCCUGGAGACGGAAGAGGAUAGCUGAGGCUGAGAUGGAGAGCCAGGGCAUGGACGCCCACAUGUCCAUCCAGGAGAGGAAACAGCUGAUAGUAGCCCAAGAGGAGGCGUGGAAGACGAAAGGACACGGAGCCGCCAACGACUCCACCCAGUUCACCGUGGCUGCACGAAUGGUGAAGAAAGGGUUGGCCUCCCCCGCAGCCCUCCAGUCUCCAGUGUCCUCCAAACCCAAGAUCAGCAGCGUGGCCAUCUCCAAACCACAGGAAGAGAUCAAGGCCGUACCAGAGCUGAACCUGGAGUCUGACCUGAAGCUGGAUAAACUGGAGUCAUUCCUCGGCAAGCUCAACAGUAAAGUGUGCGGACUGCCAGAAGCGACCAUCACAGUCACACAGAAGAAGGUAAAGGAAGUAAUGACCCUCGAAGAUGAAACGUUUUCCAAGUUCUACCGCCAAGUGGAGGAGCUCCCCGCCACCACCAACAAGGUGGAGAUAGACGAAGACUUUGACGCCAUCUUCGGUCCCCAGGUGCCAAAGCUGACCUCGGAGAUGGUGCAGCACAAGCGAGCGGUGCGCCCGGCGCGUAACGUCCAGUCGUCUAGAAACCCUCUGAAGAUGCUGGCUGCCAGGGAGGACAUCAGACACGAGUACACGGAGCAGAGGCUCAACAUCGGCCUGCUGGAGAGCAAGAGGAUGAAGGCUGAGAAGAUGAAUAAGAACUCUGGUUUCUCUGACGUGGCUCUGGCUGGCCUGGCGAGCAAGGAGAACUUCAGCAACGUCAACCUGCGCAGCGUCAACAUCUCCGAGCAGAUGUCCAACAACAGCGCCGUGCCGUACAAGAAACUCAUGCUUCUACAGGUCAAAGGCCGACGGCACGUCCAGACCAGGCUGGUGGAGCCCAGAGCGUCCUCCCUCAACAGCGGCGAUUGCUUCCUGCUCAUCACGCCGCACCACUGCUUCGUCUGGACCGGAGAGUUUGCCAACGUCAUCGAAAAGAACAAAGCGUCAGAGUUAGCAAACUUCAUCCAGAGAAAGAGGGAUUUGGGUUGCCGAGCGAACUACGUCCAGGUCAUCGAGGAGGGCGUCGGCACGAACAGCCACGCAGCCAAGGAUUUCUGGAAGAUUCUGGGAGGGCAGUCGAGCUAUCAGUCUGCAGGAACUCCAGAUGAGGACGAGCUGUACGAGGGAGCCAUCGUGGAGACAAACUGUAUUUACCGCCUGAUGGAUGACAAACUGGUCCCAGAUGAUGAUUUCUGGGCCAAGGUGCCCCGUUGUUCCCUGCUCGACCCCAAGGAGGUGUUAGUGUUUGACUUUGGCAGCGAGAUGUACAUAUGGCAUGGAAAGGAAGUGACGCUGGCACAGAGGAAGGUGGCCUUCCAGCUGGCCAAGCACCUGUGGAACGGCACCUUCGACUACACAAACUGUGACAUCAACCCGCUCGACCCCGGAGAGUGCAACCCACUCAUACCCAAGAAAGGUCAGGGCCGACCUGACUGGGCGGUGUUCGGCAGACUGACCCAACACAACGAAACCACCCUGUUCAAAGAGAAGUUCCUGGACUGGAGCGAAUCCAGGAAAUCACCCAGUCCCACAAAAAACAACGACCUCAUCGCCGAUCAAAAGGAGCAGCCCACGUCCGAUCAGCCCCAUGUGUACAACGCCUCCCUGAUGCUGCCCGUCGAUCAGGCGCCCGUCUGCACCAAACUGGACGGGUUUAACGUGGGGCGGGGCUACGGCCUGGUGGAGGCGGAGGAGUGGCGGAGCUACGAGAUCACCACGCUGGGGGUGGAGGUGUGGCACAUCCUGGAGUUCGACUACAGCCGCCUGCCGCGCCAGAGCAUCGGGCAGUUUCACGAGGGCGACACGUACGUGAUGAAGUGGAAGUACAUGGUCAGCACUGCAGUUGGAAGGAGACAGAACCCGGAGCAGCAGAAGACGGCGGGGGCGGGGAAGGAGAAGUGCUGCUACUUCUUCUGGCAGGGCCGCAACUCCACCGUCAGCGAGAAAGGAACAUCUGCACUGAUGACGGUGGAGCUGGACGAGGAGCGGGGAGCACAGGUUCAGGUGCAGCAGGGUAAAGAGCCGCCAUGUUUUCUGCAGUGCUUCAAAGGAGGGAUGGUCAUCCACUCAGGGAGGAGAGAAGAGGAGGAGGAGAACUCCCAGAAUGACUGGCGCCUGUACUGUGUGCGAGGGGAGGUGGAGGUGGAGGGCCACCUGCUGGAGGUGGCCUGUCACUGCAGCAGCCUGCGCUCCAGGGUCUCGAUGGUGCUGCUGAGCGUCAGCCAGGCCCUCAUCUACCUGUGGCACGGCUGCAAGUCUCAGGCACACACGCGGGAGGUGGCUCGCACCGCCGCCAACAAAAUCAAAGAACACUGUCCUCUGGAAACAGGCCUCCACAGCAGCAGCAAGGUGACCAUCCGGGAAUGUGACGAGGGAGCUGAGCCCUCAGGAUUCUGGGAACCUCUCAGCAGGAGGGACAGGAAAGCGUACGACUGCAUGCUGCAAGACCCAGGGAGGUUUAACUUCUCGCCACGUCUGUACCAGCUGAGCAGCAGCUCGGGGGAGUUUGCAGCUGUGGAGUUUCUGUUCCCUGCCAGAAACCCUAAGGAGGUUAACUCUAUGCCUUUCCUGCAGGAGGACCUUUAUGCAGCUUCUCAGCCAGCCCUGUUCCUUGUGGACAACCACCACGAGGUGUAUCUGUGGCAGGGCUGGUGGCCUCAGGACAGCGAAAGCACCGGCUCAGCCCGGAUCCGCUGGGACUCGGACAGGAAGUGCGCCAUGGAGACGGUGCUGCAGUACUGUAAAGAGAAGAAUGGGAAGAAGCCUCCCAAAGCGUAUCUGAUCCACGCUGGUCUGGAGCCGCUCACCUUCACCAACAUGUUCCCCAGCUGGGAGCACAGAGAGGACAUCGCUGAGAUCACUGAGAGGGAGGCAGAGGUGUGUAACCAGAUUAUUCUAGUGGAGGACGUGUUGGCCAGGCUGUGUAAGACCACAUACCCGCUCGCAGAGCUUCUGGCCCGGCCACUUCCUGAGGGCGUGGACCCUCUUCGCCUGGAGGUCUACCUGUCUGAUGAGGACUUUGAGGGUGUAGGGGCUAAUGGGAAGAAAGCCCUGGAGAUGAGCAGAGAGGAGUACGGGGGUUUGCCCGGAUGGAAGCAGGUGAACUUGAAGAAAGCCAAGGGACUUUUCUGAGUGUAUGAAACAGAGCUCUGACCUGAGGACACCAGGAUGUUGUUUGUCUCCUCUUCUGUUUACGUGUGGACACAGCAGAGGCUCAGGGGCUGCCUCUCCUGAGUCAACCCUUCGAUGGAGGGUUGAGGAGUGAUGAAGGUAUGGAAAAGGUGAUCAGUGGACGAGAGGUGUGCCAGCUUCUUGUGCUGCGGAUUUCCCUCCCAUCUGCUUUUUGUGUUGGUAUUGUGGUCGUGUGAGUAGGAGCAAACGUAGGCGAAUGCACUUCUGAGUGAACGUGUUCUUUAAAAUCACUCUGGAAACUUGAAGUUUCAGAUGACGUCCAUGAGCAGGGAGUGCAGGUGGAAGAACUUUACUGAAUUUAAUGUUAAUGUACAUAUGUACCAUACGCACAACAGCCCAGUGCCCUUACAUUGCAGCCAUGUGUCAGAGUGGGAGCAGGCCUGUCAACCUGCUCCACACACUCCACAUCACACUCUCUGCUAUUCUUGUAUGUAUGUUUGUGCAUUACAGAUAAUUUAUAUUUAUCAAGUCCACAUAGGAAUUUUUUAAAAAGCAGCGUCAUGAAUAUUCACCGAGCUAAAACCGAUUGAAUGAGCUGUGUAAUUAAUGUGGAGGAGGUCUGUGUCAUAUGUUGAUAGAUAGUGGAUAUUACAGAACUCUCCCUCGCUGUACAGAUCACCAUUUGCCAUUUACAAAUCAAGCAAUGCAGCUGCGUUGAAAUGCGUCGAGUGUCAUUAUUGUUUCAGGCAGAGAAAAAAGGACACAGGCUGGAUGCACGGCGAAGACAGUGACGAUGAAAUGUAUUUGAUUUUUCAACCCUACAGUGUAUAGUGCCUUGCUUUUGUGUACAGUUUAUAUACAGAUCCUAGUCUGCAUUUUGAAGACUUUUUUUGUGAUAUAAAGAAAUAUUAGAGAAAUAAACUCUGAAUGUUGGAAAGUAAGAACAUCAUUGCUGCCUUUUGUUUCUUCUAUGGUUUUGUAUUAAGU